AUGUUUAGUAUAUUUAAUAUUAAGAAAAAAACUGACAAGAAUACACCAACUAGGGAUAACGAAGACUGUGCAGUGGAUGAUCCAAGUCCAAUAAAUAUUAAUAAUUCGUCAAUACCAGAACCGGAUGCUCCUAACAAUGUUCAACCUGAGCAUUCUGGAAUUACUACAUUAAGUGAUUCGUUUCAGUUAGAUUUAGGGGACUUGGAAUCAGGACCGACUCAACGUAUACUAAAUGUAAAUACUAAAAUAUUUAAUAAAAUACUUGGUGAAAUAAAAUAA